AGUCAUGCCUGAGUCGGUGGCUGUGGCGAAGAGCGCUGCGUCCCGAAAGGCAUCGAAACAGUCGCUGAGCAAAGUCGUUAAAAAGCCACCUAAGAAGCGGAGGAAGACUCGCAAACAGAGCUAUUCGACUUACGUGUACCGGGUGCUGACCCAAGUCCAUCCUUCCACAAGAAUUUCGUCCAAGGCUAUGAAUGUCAUGAAUUCGUUCGUCAUCGAUAUUUUUGAGCGCAUCGCCUCUGAGGCUUCGCACCUGAUUCACUACAACAAGCGCCAGACCAUAUCGGCCAGAGAAAUUCAGAGUGCUGUCCGCCUUAUGCUGCCGGGCGAACUGGCCAAACACGCCGUCUCUGAAGGCACGAAAGCGGUCACCAAGUACACCAGUUCCACUUAGAUUAGCCACGGUAAUGAAAACGAAUCGUUCCUCCUUUAUCAAAAACGGACACAAAAGGCUCUUUUAAGAGCCGCGCACUACUGCCAAUGAAGGG